AAUUGUCUAGAUGAUCUAUUGGCAAAUCAUUCAUUAAAACAUCACUCAUGAUCGGAUUAAGACAAUCUAUUGGCAUGCACUUACUUUUCUCUGUGUUCUUUUUAUAUCAUACAUAGAGAUAGAUGGAUGUUCCUUUGACAGAAGAAAGUGAAAUGAAAGAGAAAAAGUCUACAGGAAGGCAAAAGGGUGGUAUAAUAACCAUGCCAUUCAUCUUAGCAAAUGAAUCAUUUGAAAAAGUGGCAAGUUUUGGUCUACUCCCAAACAUGAUUAUAUACCUUAUGUCCGAUUACCAUACAAGCGCCGCCCUCGGUACAAUCAUCCUCCUAAUUUGGUCAGCCGCCACCAAUCUCCUCCCCAUCGCCGGUGCUUUUCUCUCCGAUUCCCUUCUUGGCCGCUUCCUCACCAUUUUUCUCGGUUCCAUCUUCAGUCUCGUGGGGAUGAUCCUUCUAUGGUUAACUACGGUGAUCCCGGGAGCAAAACCUCCAGUUUGUAAUGUGCGGGUGCCAGGAUCCUGUGCAUCAUCGACACCUCUCCAAUACGGUCUCCUCUUUUUAGCUUUUAUGUUUAUGUCGGUUGGAGCUGGAGGGGUACGACCGUGUUCGUUAGCAUUUGGGGCGGAUCAAAUAGACCGUAAGGAUAAUCCGAAAAGAGAGAGGGUAUUGGAGAGUUUUUUCGGGUGGUAUUACGCAACAGCUAUUGUGGCUGUUCUUAUUGCGUUUACUGGUAUUGUUUAUAUUCAAGAUCAUCAAGGAUGGAGAGUUGGUUUCGGGAUCCCGGUUGUUCUCAUGUUCUUGUCUACUUUCGUUUUUGUUGUGGCUUAUCCUCUUUACUAUAACGUAAAGGUCGAGAAAAGCAUGUUUACUAGUUUUUGCAAAGUCAUAUCCAUGGCUUGGAAAAACAGAAACCUCACUUUACCCUGUUUGAGUGUGAGUGAUACGAAUGGAAAAACUAUGCCCACAGAUACCUUGAGGUUCUUAAACAAGGCUUGCAUAAGUAGGAAACCUGAAGAGAUGAGCAAAGUCUGCACAGUAGAGGAAGUUGAAGAACUAAAGGCGCUUAUUAAAGUGAUGCCAUUGUGGUCUUCAAGUAUCAUGUUAGCUGUGACCAUGAACCAAAGUUCAUUUCCAGUCCUCCAAGCCAAUACAAUGGAUAGACAUAUCACUUCAAGCUUUGAAAUCCCAGCAGGAUCCUUUUCCUUCUUUGUAAUCAUAACCAUAAUGAUUUGGGUCACAUUAUACGACCGAGUUAUCCUCCCUUUAUUGUCAAAAAUCAAUGGGCAACCCGUAUACAUCAGUGUGAAAUUACGAAUGGGGGCAGGUCUUAUUUUUGGAAUAAUGGCCAUGGUGCUUUCGGGAAUUGUAGAGCACAUAAGGAAAACUAAAGCGAUUGAAGAAGGGUUUUUGAACGACUCUAAAGCAGUGGUGAACAUGUCAGCAAAGUGGCUUAUUCCACAGCUUGUUCUUAUUGGAUUAGCAGAGGCGUUGAACAUAAUAGGCCAAACAGAGUUUUACUAUUCUGAAUUCCCAAAGAGUAUGUCAAGCAUAGCAUCUUCUCUAUACAUGCUUGGGUCAGGUGUCGCAAGCUUACUGGCUAGUUUGAUACUAAGCACUGUGGAUGCUCUUACUAAAAGGGGUGGAAAAGUGAGUUGGAUAUCUACUGAUAUAAACAAGGGUCAUUAUGAGAGGUACUAUUGGCUUCUUGCUAUACUGAGUGCAGUGAACUUUUUUUAUUAUGUUGCGUGUAGUAGGGCUUAUGGUCCAUGUGCAGAUAAAGUUGUACCAAAAGGUGAGAAAAUUGAUAAUUCAGGCGAACAUGUGGCGCCCUCAAGUAGCUAGGAUCAGAGU